CGACCCCUCGAUAAUUGCGUCUAGCUCGAACCCCUCGUCUCGCCCAGUUGCCGCCGGGUCCGCAAGUUAGUCGGUACGCUGUGUGACGAGUCCAAAUAAUGAAGUAAUUGUUCGUACGAAACGUUAUCCAUUUGAAAAGUUAUUUGAUAUCGUCUAAUCAUGCGUUCCCCAUUCGUGUUUUACGCCGAUUGCGAAGUUUGCGUGAAAAUUCGACUGAUUGAGCUUCAGCAGGCGCAACAAGCAAGAGAAGCUCGAGAGAAUGGCGUUGUAAACGAAAACGAAGAUGAUAGUGAAUACGAAUAUGACUAUAACGACUAUGCUAACUACGAUGAUAUCUACGCAUCACCGACGCAUUCAAGCUUUGAGGUACUCGAUCCCCAUGACCCCACUCUGAGUCGACUGGCUACCCUUCUGUUUAAACGGACGAAUGAGUACUUGCAAGGAGAAAUUGCGUCUGGGGGUGAUCAUUACAUGUUGCUGGAGGAAAUCAAUCGUUUGGCCAUCACUAAGUACACCGACUUGCGCAAUCUCGCUGUGAAUUUAAACCGAACACUGAUGGAAUAUAAUGAUCUCUAUGGCAACACCAUCAAACCGCUACUUUCUCAAAUUGAUGAUAUUGAUAUCAUGGUAGCCAGACUUGAAGAAAAUGCCUAUCGUUUGGAUAGCUACACGAAGCAACUAAAGACCCGCAUCAAAGAAAUGUACGACGCCAAAUGAUAAGUACCCAUAAAAUCCAUUACAAUGAUUCGAAUACUAAACCCAGUCCCAAUUAAUUAAUUAUAUUUAAAAUCUAGUUAAAAGUCUUUUUCGUAAAUAUGCUUGUAGAUUAUUACGACUGUCUGAAGGUUGCUUACGACGACUAAAAUUUUCAAUAAAUUCAUUGAUGUCUACAUAUACCUAUAUAUUCAUAAUGCUUGAUAGUAUGCGUAUAAUGGUCUCAAACUAAAGUUCGUUGCUUAUUUUUAGACAUUUUAAGAUUACCUUUAAUAAUAUUGUAGAUUCUAAAUAAAUUAUGAAAUUCUUAUAUUCGGUUUUAAAUUUUAAACUUAAAUAAAUACAUUGGACUGUGGUAUAGAAUUCGGAUUGAUGUAUUUAAUAAACUACGAAAUCGUAGAAUAUGUGUUUAUUCGAUGUGCAACAAAAGGCAAGGCUCUGAGAUUGAGAUUUUUAAAUAAUUCAAAUAGAUAAAAUUCGGGAUGUUCAUUUCAAAUUUGUGCAAUGUUAAAGCAUUUUUAAUAAUAUCAUUGUUUAAUCGAUUUUUCAAUAAAUGGAAGUAGAGGAAGUGGAACAUUUUGAAGAGCGCAGUCUUUAAGCCUUCGCACAUUCUGCACUCGUAUCUUCCUUACAGAUAAACUCGUCUGUGUUGAUAUACACUGUUUCUAAGUAUAUAUAUUUAUUAGGUACUAUUUUCUUUAUUCGUACUUUUCUCAGUUAGCAUCCACAAAAAAAGAAUUGCAUUCUUGGGGCCUUAUGUCUCAUGUUGCUCGUCAUCAUUAAUCGUGAUGAAAUAUUCUAUGUAUAACCUACAAUUUUGAAGCUAAUAUAAAUGUAUACUGCACUAUAGAGCAUUUUAAAAAUAAAUAAGAUUUUUCUUUUAUCGUGUAUUAUAUGCUUGAUAACUGAUACUUCUAUCUAUUAAAAGAUGUUAUUAUAACUAUUAUAAGGUUUUCAGCAUUCGAUUUUGUCUAAUCUAAUUAGGGUAACUACAGAAAUCAUGAUUCUACGUAAUGUACAAUAUUAAUAAGGAGUAUAUUUUUAUUGAAGUUGCGAGUAACACAUUUUAAUAUUUCUAGUUAUUACACUGGUGUGAACCAAAUAAUAUUAUAAAAUCAUUAAGUACACACACGAUUAUGUAUUAUUCUGACAUUAUUAACCUAACUUGUUAAAAUUAUAAGUAACAACAGAAUAAUUCAAAUCUAAAUACCAAAAACAACUUGCUGCAUUUGUUAUCACAAUCUUAGAAAUAUUUUACUAAAACAUAUUCUUAUAAGUUCACUCGUCAUAGAUCUGUUACCAUUUAACUAGGUGUACAUUUCUUCGUAGUCUUUUAAAACUCGUCUAUACGUUCAGUUCUAUUGUAUGUUAUACUUCUUAGAAAAUAAUUUUGUUUCACUUGUCGUAUUUAGUAGUAUUGUCUUUCUACAAAACUUGGUUAAAGUAAACGUAUUAGUUACGUAUAUGAAACGAUAAUUGAUAAACUUCAGGAAUAUAGCAACAAAUAGUUGUUAGUAAAAUACAUAUUAUAAUAGGUUACGGUAUGACUAAAGUGGCACGAAAAAGAGAAAACGAGUAGAUUGUACAGAUAUGAUAAUUUAAUGGUAUUGGUAAUGAUAAUAGUAUACCAUAAUUAGGUUAAAUAGCAAAAGUAAUACAUUAAUUAUGUGUAAGAAAAAAUAAGUUUUAAGAAAUUUACCAAAUGACAUAAAAAGAUUAUGAGUAGAUUGCAAAGUAGACAUAGUUUAUAUGACUUAUUAAAUAGUAGUGUGUUAAGGUUAGAUUAAAAUUGUAUCUUACGAAAUAACAAGUUAACUGCGCUUUAUCUGAGUAAAUAUAGUAAACAACUUUUGCGAUAGCAAAAGUUUAGUUAUAUAAAAAUGUUAAUUAUAGUCUUUUACUUUUUAUUACUGAUAUGAUACUAUAAAAUUCAAUUUAUCAAAGAAUUUUACUGUAGUACCACUAAUACACUGAACUACAUCUUUAACUUUUUAACAGACACAUAACAUCGUUGCAAUAUUAUAAAGCGGGAAAGUGUAUUUUCUGAGUGGGACGAUUCCUCGUCUAUCCACCAUAGGCUGAGUAAGGCCUUUAAAACACAAUAUUGACUUCAUUAUUAAAAAGAAAUAAUUUAAAUGGGUGUCACCUAUUCAAUAUUAUUAACAUGUCCUUUUUGUAUGAAAACUUUUGUGGCAAAUAUAGGUUACAUCAGCCACAUGCGAGCUAAAUACCAAAGCUAGCGAAAUACUCGACUCUGUAUAUGUUCACCAUUGAAUUUAGCUGCUUCUACAGAGAAGGAAUUGAAGGAAUCAUUGCUAUCCUUGCUUACGGUGGAUAGUAAGGAUAAUAAGUCUAACGUCUUACGAAGUUUUCUUUUAUUUCAAAUAACAAAAUAGUCUACCUACCUUAACUCCUAAGCUACAAUGACUUUUAUCAGUGUACAAUGUGUGUAGGAGUAUCAUACUAGUAAUUGGCAGAUUUUUCACAAUACAUAAUUUUAUUAUUUAUGGAUAGUUGUAAAAAAUUAUUAAUCAAACUCUUGUCGGUUUAUCCGCGUCUUAGGUUUAAUGGAAUAAUAUUUUAUUUCAUAGUAUACAUAUAUAGAAUUUACUUAGAUUUCUUAGGCUACGUCAGGCUACGUCCGCACUGGCAGUUGGUGCCUAGUGCAUAAAACCCAGUAAGUAGCGUAGUAUAAUGAACGUUUUACGACUCUACGCUUGGGGCUUAACUUAUAGCUUGGUGUGUAAACGAAUGUGUUAAUUUUAAGCGAGGCAAGGCGCGAGGCAACUUGAAAAUAAAAGAAUGAAAAAUAUUAAUAAUGCACGGUAGGCGCAGUGGUUGAGCAAAAGUGGCUGCUGUAUAACGUGUCGUGGAUUUCAUUGAUGUCGUAGGUUUGAUUAUUGUCGUGGGUUUGAUUAGACAAUUGUUGUUCCGGGUUUGGAUGUGAUGUAUACCUAGAAUGUUUGUUAACACACUUGUCUUAAUUAAAUCUUACGACUAGAAGAUGACUUAUCCAAACCAUCAUCUUUCGGCAAUUACUUUAAUUUGCUUUAACUUUACUGACAAAUAAAUCGAUCUUUCUCUGUUCAUACAUAAAUAAAUAUGCGUAAAAUAGAUCGUCAAAAUAAUAAAUUUGUGUAUAAAGAACAUUGAAAAUCCGCUUAAACGUGACUUAUUUAUAUCAUGGAUAAAACCGUGGGACCGUAUAUAGUCAUCUAACAGUUUAGAGCUAUUAUCGAAAGUGGCAUCACGUUGACGUACUAAAAAAUAAGCUAAUAAUCAAGACACCAAGUGACCCAUCACGCAAAGCACUAUUCAGUGCAGGCAUCGUGUUUCUUAGCGAAUAGACUACGUUGCUUACUAAGCUCUAAGCACUAAAGAUUACCUGCCUAUGCCCAUGUAGCCUUAAUGUACAUACUUGAAAUUAUAUUAACAAUUUGUAUAAUUAUUGAUCGUAAACUUCCCUGAAAAUUCGUAAACAUUCGUCAUAGUAAUAUUAUUAUUAUAGAACUUGAUAUGUAUGUACAUAGGCGUUUUUAAUCUUCUGUGUAUAUCCAAUACAUUUAUAAGCAGCGUAUUUAAAUGUAAUGUUUUAAAAUAUUAUAGUUGGCAAUGUGAAAACACAAUCAUAUUUUAUGGUAAUUAUAACGAUUUUUAUUUAUCUACGUGAUAGCAUUGCAGUCCCAUAUAUUAUUAUCUUAAGUGCGAUGGUUAAAUUUGUCGAUUCAUUAGUGGCUAGUGGCUAUAUUAUUGAUAGACACUUGUGGUAGGGUUAAAUGUAUCAAUAUGAAAUCCGUAUAUUUCACCGAUAAUUAGAUUUCUCGUCGCAAGUGUAGCUGCAGAGUUAGUAGGUUUAGUCGAUGUAUUAAUCAAUAAAUUUCUUCUAAUAUAUUUCCAAAAAAUUAUCUAUCUGGCGUUACUCCUUUAUGUUACGAUGUAAAACUAUCAAUAGAUUUUUCAAUUCGAUUUUACAAAAAUAACAAAUGUUAAAAAGAGGUUCAUUUUUCUGAUAAAUAAGUCUUUAUCACAACUUAAUAAACUUGGUUCAGUUCCCAUGGUUUUCUUAUCUUUCUUGUGGAAGAGCCUAGCUGCAGUUCGUUAUUGGACUGGGUCAGACCGGGUAGAAUCACACUUUCACAGAAGACCGAUAAAAUUCAUGUCAUUUAUAAUAAACUGCACUUCAUUCGGUGCGUAACAAGUACCGGAUGCUUUUCUCCCAUCUUAAAGGAUUGAAUCCUUGCCCUCUCUGUUUCUAUUUCGGGAGAAAGAUAAGAUAAUCUGUGGCAUUAUCUAGGUGAAAUGUUCUAUCACUGGGUGCUUCAAAUAAUAGGGAUGAAAUUCAAUUGUAACACAGCGUAGAAGAUGGUAGAAUUAUUUUUAAAAGUUAAGUCGCCUUGGGUGUCCUUCAAUAUUUAUAACAUAAGUAAUUCUUUUAUAGAAUAAUAAUUUUGAACUCUAUUUGUAUUGAUAAGAAAACAAUUGUAUGACCGCCAUAGUACAAACGUGGAAGUGAACCUCCAUUAAAAUAUUAAAAUUCUAUACUUCUGAUUUAAAAAAAUAUAAAAUAGAUUCUUUAUAAUGACUUAAUCUUCUUAAUGCAGAUGUGUAUGAAAACGUGAUUGUUCGUUAAAAGUAAAUAUUAAUAUAUAAAUAAAACUACUGCUACUGAAACUACCACUUUAGCAAUGUUUUUGUUUAAGUGAGAUUAAAAAGUUUGGUAUGAUAACUGGUUUUGUGACUAAGUAGCAGUAACACUUGCUUUGUCACUUCGAUGAUCUUAGGCUUUGUUUACAUGUAUCUACAAACUAAAAAUAUUUUCCACCUAUAAGCUGGAAUAUUUCAGCUUCGUUAGUCAUCUUGAAUUCCGUUGCAUUAAGAAACCCUUAAUGUCGAUUUAAUAAUCUCGGGAAAAAGCUAAGUUUUGUAAGUUUUGCUAUUUAUAUAAUUUUUUAUUUAUUAAUAAAUUAAAAAUUAUAUUGAUUUGAUUCGUAUUAUAGCAAUUAGGUUAAGUAUUUAAUGUCUUAAAACGGUUCUGGACCUAUUUGCAAAUUGAUGUAUUGUAAGGGAAGUAAGUAAACAUAUUCAAAUCCAAGUAGUUAAUUUACUCCAUAUGUAUAAAAUAGCAUCUACAGUAGUUAGAUAGGCUUCUAUAUUAUGUAUUUGCUAAGAGAGAAAGUAAAAAAAGUAUAUUUUUCUAUUGUAAUAAUAAAGGGUCAUUAUUCUUUAGUGAAGUGAAAAGAAACCUUGGCCCAAUAUUUUCGAUUAAUGUGUAGUUGUAAAUUGAUGUCAGCAAGCUGCAUAUUUUAUUACGUAAUAGACUAUAUAUCUUUAUAUUAUUCAUAAAUCUAUAUUAAGCUUUAGGCUUUUCGGUAGACCUUUAUGCUUAUCAAAUUAAUAAAUAAUCCAUUUUUCACUAAAUAGAUAAUAGUUGUAUAUAGAUUUUCAUUGGUUAUUCAAAAGACACAUUAUUUUCAGUGCUUAAGCAGCAAUGCAUAAUUAUAAAACAUGUAAUGUAAUCUUUAUACAUUAUCAUAUAAAGUAUUUAUUUCAAUAACCACAUUUCAGGUUCGGAAUAAAAAAUGUUUUAAUCCAUAAAUUGAUUUACAUUUUAAACCGUCUUAUUGUUAUGACAGUAGAUUUGACAAGCAAUGGUCGUAUAUUUGAUGAUAAUUAGAAGAGAAUUGCAGCCGUUAUGCAUAGCUUUGUUAAUUAGGGAAGUGCUUUGAGUAAAACAAAGUAUAUCUUUAAAUUACAGAUAUUUCACUUAUGGUUUUUUCUUAAAAGAACACGUACCUUAUCAAGUGACGCGUAUGUGGUAUCCACCUAAUUUUAUCAGUCGUUCAAUCACCAGGCUGGGCUAUUCUCAGCAGCGUCCUUAAAAUAACUCGUAUAUGAUAUUCACCCAUCUAAUUAAAUAUGUGGACAAGAGAUUAGGAUCGAUGACGUUCCAUUUCCUGCAUGUGUAUGCAUAAAUUAUUAUAUUAUUUGGUUCGAAUAAUAACUAGUGGGACUUUAUUGCAUUACAUGGAACGUCGAACUUGCCAAUAGGUUUGUUAAUUGAAUGACUCAUUAAGUUAGUUAUAUCUACUGCAACUGCAACAUGGAUGUAUUAUAUAAUUAUAUGAAAAUCUUUUGCACAACGUUCUGGGGAGUAAACAAGUAUCAGUAUAGGUAGUUUAGAAGCAUUAAGUAUUUAUAUAUGAAUCUGAAAUUAAGAUCAAAAUCACUUUAUCAUAAAUUAUUUGAUCAAUUAGUUGAUUAAAGGUUUAUAUGUAUAAUACAGGCAUAUUGCACCCGUGCGAAGCCGGGGCGGGUCGCUAGUUCUUUUAUAAAAUGAAUCUUUUUAGAUUCAUUUCAUUCUUUCUAACUAAUUCUUCUUCAACAAUCGAUCUAACAGUGCAGUAUUUGGAGUGUAGGUACUCAUUGCAGAGUCAUUUCAGUUAAUGUCACUUUGUGUUAAAUAUUUCUAUUAAAAAGAGCAUGGUAUUCUAACCAAUUAUAAAGCAUUCAUCGUGAAAAUUAUUAGAAAACGUACAUAAUAUUUACAAUUUAAAUAUCUUUAUAUUUAGUCUAACUUAACAGUAAACUCUAUUAUAGUAAAGCCUAUAUUAUUAAUAUAUAAACUAUAAAUAUAUUUUAAUUUCCACUUUUAUGAAAUAGUAUAAAUUAUUAUCUAAUAUAUUGUGUGUAGCAGUAAAAUAUAAUAAAUUUUACAUAUUUACGGAUUAUUAUUCGAAAUAGCCUGUCUGUAAUUAGACUUAAUACUUCGUACAUUGAAAUGGAACUAGUCCAAUUAUUUAAUAAGCAAGAUAGCUGCCCAUAUUUAAAUGAAAUAGUUGCCUCAUAAAUACCACACAAUAGACCGAAUAUCAGUCACUUAUCGGCGAAACAACGAAACAAAAUUAUCAAAUGCAUAAUAAUAUUUAUUGUUUAUCCGUAGUUUGCUUAUUCUAGAAUUAAUGUAUUUUACUAACUUAAUAACUUAAUUAUACAUCAUAAUCUAGGUCUAGCUCCAUUUCAAUAUAUGCUUUAGUAGUUUAAGGUAUGUUAUAUCUAGAAAUAUAGACACUUUGCAUUACGUAUAUUAUUUAUUUAAAAAUAGUAGGUGUAGGUACAUUAAGAAUAUUAUAUAGUUAAUAUUAGAUACUUUUCAAUCGUUUGUAGUUGAUAGCCAUUAUCUUUGUAUUUGUUUCUUAUAUUGUCUGCUUAUUCAGAAAUUAAUGUGUCAAGUUAUCAAGCAUGUAAUUAAUACACAUUUAUCUUACACUAGAUUUAAACGUAUUUUAUUCAACAUGUAAUCAAAAGAUGUAUUUUAUCUAUUCAUUGUACUAAAUACUAGAAUCGCGAAAUAAAUUUUAAGAAUACUACUUAGUGGCGCAAUGGUAAAUGUGUAUUUUGUAAUAAUAGAAAUUCUAUGUUUUAAAUAUUAAAACAGUAGUAUAUUCCCACGAUGUAAUUUUUGUGUCGAAUGUUACAACCUGGGUGUUAAAAAUAUGAAAUGAAAGAAAAGUUAGUUUCAUAAAUAUAUGUUGUAGACAGCACUUAUUUAAUAACCGCAGAAUAAUAGUCACGUACAUAAAUCUUACAUUUUCUAAAUGUAUUUAUCGUAAUCUAAAUGUACCUAUAUUUAAGCAUUUCUAUUUUUGAAAAGUGUAAAAUUAUUUCUACUCUGUAACUAAAUGAAUGUGUAGUCUGGAAUACAUAUUAUUACUCGUAGUGCGUGUAUUUUAAGUGUGCUUCUACAAAAAUCGUAGACCUCCAAAAUGUAUUAAAAGUAAUUUUUUAACUCAUCAAUCUAGAUAUAUAUUUAAAAUUAUUAACACUUUUGUAAUAAGCAAUCACUAUAGUUGUUAUAUUAUGCGAAAACUGAGUAGGCCUUAAUUGUUUUAGGGCCUACCAUAACCAUUGUUAUUUUAAUCUUGGCUACAAUUUAUAAUAUAACCGGUACUUAUAAACAUUGAAAAGAAAAUGUAUGUGUAGUGUAGUUCUCAAUAUUUCUCGUUUAUAAUAUAUCGAUCUGUAUGGGUGAAGGUUUGACAUUUUGAUAACAUAAUAAUUAUUAGCCAGUGUCAAAUUAUACCGACUUACACUAAAAUAAACCUAAAUUCAUUCAAUACAUAAAAUCUUAGAGCUAAUAUAACGUGCAUAUUACAAAAUAGUAAAAAAGGUCUCACAAUUUUAAAUAGAAUGUGGGUAUGCCUGUUACCUCCUUGAAUUUGGAAAAAAUACUUUUUGAAUAAAGUUUACUACUUCGAGGAAUGUAAGUAGAUAUGAUAUGACAGGACAGGUUUAUGUGUAUCAAUGCAAAUCCAUUUAAGACAAACUAUCCUUUAUAUAUGUGCUUCUGUCGUGGAAUCGUAGAACAUGUUUCGGAAAUAAAGUAUCUUAAUCGUG